CUGCGAGUUGCGAAUGGCGUGUUUCAUCAAUUUCGUUGUAUUUCUAUAAAUUUAUAAAUAAGGGAUUUUCACUUAUAAAAACUUUUACGAAAAACCCGCUUCGAUGGAUACAGAUAUUCUAUUAGGAAAUAAGGACUGUCUUUAUGAUACUGAUUUCAUUGAUCAUUUCACAAACGAAUAUCAGUGGUCAUCAUUACUGGAUGCAGCUGAUGCAUCGCCCAGUGAAAUCCUUGCAGAGGCGGCUUCUAUAUUUGUGCCGCCUAUAUCACCUAUUUUAAGCCUAAAAUCCACACCUAAUGAAAGCAGUAGUUCGGAUUCAGGCAGUGAAGAUGAUUCAAAAAAUUCCAGUAAUGCAUCUGCUAGACAAUCUUCAUUAUCACCUUUGGAUUGGACAUUUGAUGAGGACUCAUGUAACUUAAAACUAGAAGAUGUUGAACAGUUUCUUCAAAAACCAGCUCCAAGUGAUACAACAGAAAAUCAUACAGUCUGUCCACCGAACAUACAAGAGAAAAAUGUUCCUGUUAUGGCUAUUGAGAAUGGAGUCAUUAAGGGUGUAGAAAAUGAAGCAGUUGUUGAACAUAAUUAUAUAACUGCAAAGGAUGAAAAUGAUUCAGUUCAAAAUGCAUACUUCAAAGUUGUUAAUGAAAAUUCAUCAAUCAAUACAAAAAAGGAGGAAAAACAUGUUAUGGUUAUGGAACAGAAAAGGAUACCUAUUAUAUUAAAAAAGCAACAAAUAAUUAACAUUAAGCCACCUAAUAUUGUGAUACCUACAGAAAGUUCAAAGGGGAAAAUCGUAAUUUCUCCAUUGCCUCAAACAAAUCUUGCAGGUGACAAGAAAGUUAAUGGUUACCCAAUUAAGUUGGCAACACCUCAAAAGAAUGUUAUUAUAAGUCCUAAACUGGAAGUAGCUUGUGAUAGCACAUUAGUACAAAAUGGCACCAAACCAAUGGAUACAGAUAAUAUAGCUUCUAAUGUAGAUUUAACAAAUUUAAGUGAUGCAGAAAUAAGGGCUAUUAAGAAGCAACAGAGGAUGAUUAAAAAUCGUGAGUCAGCAUGUCAGUCUAGACAGAAAAAGAAAGAAUAUGUAACAGCAUUAGAACAGCAGCUGUUGGAGGCGCAGCAGGAAAUUCAGAGGUUACGUUUGGAAAAUAAACUGUUACGGGAUCAAUUGGAUAAUAAUGGGCGAUUUCGUAAGAUACCUCGACUGGAUACUUCGAUAUUGAUACCAAAGAAGAACAUUGCGGUGUUGUUUGCUAUGGUAUUUAUGGUGUCACUUAACUGGAAUGUUUUAGGAUGGAGUAGUACUACGCCGUUUGUUGGUCUGAAAUCACAACACACGUCGGCGUCACGACAUUUAUUGUGGGCUGAGGAUAACACUGACACAAUGGCCGAUUAUGAUCAACUUGUAAAUCGAAAUAAUGAUAGCGAUUGCCAAAAUAGUACUAUGACGGAAUUUCAAAAUAUAAAUCAAACGGAAAGUAUUAGAAUAGCGGGAGAAUUGAAACGUUGGAUCGGCGGCGAUCGAAACUGGACUAAACACAAGCAAACCGAUGGCAAAGUAUAUCCCAGUGCUGAAGAAAUACGUGCUGGUCUAUUUGAAACAUAUGGAAUAUUUAAUAAACUGCACUUAGAUAACAAUUUAUUGGAAUUCCCAAAUAUUGAUAAGAAUACAGAAAGAAGUCCACGUCAAAAAUUACGUAUGCGCCGUGUGAAAAGAAGCAAAGAUGUCGAAUUUCCUAACAAUAGUGUCUACGACUAUAGUAAAUUGUAUCACAAACCGAUACGGAAAAUUGACGACUUUAAUGUUGAUUUCGGUGAAUGGAACGCGUUGCUGCAGGCGCUGCAGAGGCGAGACGACACGCCGGCCGUCGCGCAUAAUGUAACACGACCCCCGAAGAUGGCGUUGAUAUUACCUGCCAGAACUGGAAAUGAUUCAUUAAUGAAUGAUCACGUGACGCUCAUGCAAAUCGACUGCUCCGUUGUGAACACAUCUCUAGUCAAACUUAAAUCCGACGCAUUACCUGAGAGUUUAAGGAAAAGUAGAAAUAAUGAAUCGAAAAAUCCAAUCCCUGUGUAUAAUAACCCCAAAACUAGAUAUAGUAAAAACGGCUAUGUUAGAAGCAACAAAGAUGCAAUUGACGCUAGUCUCUCGGAUGUUAUGAAGAAUUCAGGUAAUAACGCAUCCAAUACUGUAGAAAAUAAGAACCAAGGUAGUAUUAACAAUAUUGACGCGAACAGUGACAUAUUUGCACAAAUAUUAAACCCAAAAAGGUUUGUUAAUAACAAAGAAACAAUAGAACUAAUCAAAUCAAAAAAUAAUACCUUAGUAUAAAGCUGGUCUUUAUUUAAAUUUCAUAAAACUGUGCAGUACGUAUUCUAUUCUUAAUACAGUCAAAUAGUGAAACGAAUCAUAAACAUUGUAAACGCGAUUCGCAAUCUCACAAGCGUCAAAAAUUUAAGAGAAUGUGGUGUUCAAUCUUGGUUUUAUCAUUGAAUACGUGUGACAUAUGAAAAUGGCGUUUUAAUAUUCGGCCGUAAAUCUUGUAAUCAGGUGAAGUUAGCAUAGAAUUAGCAAAAUGUAGUGCGGUUUAACGAUUUGACAAUAUUCAAGCUUUGGCGUUGAUGUAGGCAUAGUAGGGAAGAUCGUGUUUUUAACUUAAUUGUAAUAUACAUGCUAUUUGAUAUUCCAAAUUCUUUAGACUGAAACACAUGUGAUUUAUGCUUAAGGUGACCAGAGAAGUAUUAAUGUGUUUCUUUUAGCAAGUAACCUAAAAACUCCCAUUAACAGCUCUCAUCUCUUUAAUAACGCCUUCUUAAAUGUAGAAUGUAGUCUAGCUAUAGAGAGGAAAAGUUACGUUGCUAGUAUUUAGAUUUAAUUGUUAGCAAAGCUAGGCAAAGCAAAUUGUAUUUGGCUAUGACCCAUUGGACCUUUUUUCCCAUUAGGAUUGCAUAACAUAACUUACUAUAUCCUUAGUACAAUACCCCACCAUGACCAUGUAUAAGUGUUAGGGUCUGUCCAACCACUGGCUGAUAGAGGCUCAGAUAGCUUAAAAGUGACGUCUCUGUCAGAUAGACUACCAAAAUCCGAUAUUUCAAUCACAUAUUAUAUACAUUUGAUUUUUAUCUGACAAUUUACAAGAAUUGUGGGACAGGCCCUUACAGCAAAAUUAUUUCUAGAUAUUACAUCUAAGAAUAUCUUAAAUAUCUGUUAGAAUGUAUUUCAAAGCUGUAAUUAGUGAUAGAGUUUAGUAAUUGUUAAAUUGAUGGUAAAAUAUUGUUUGGUUAUUUAUGUAGUAGAUCCAUUUCAGUUGAAUUUAUACUUAAGUAAAUUUUAUAUGAGCACAAUUAUAGAACAUGUGCAGAUGGUUUGUUAGUUGUCAGUUUUCGCUUAGUAAUUUUUAUAUCUCUGUGAAGAAUAACAGCCUUACAUAUAAAUGUUCUAUAAAGUUAAACUCAGAAAUAAACUGAGUAAAAUUUGUUCUAAUUUUUGUAAGGCUGUGUUUGACUUAAAUUUAUAGUAAAUAUCUAUGAGUGCUGCUAAUAGCAUAGAGCAACAUUUCUUGUUUAAAUUUAUAAAUCUUAUUUAGAUUUUAAUAUUAUUAUACUUUGGUUGUAUUUAAUA